CUGUUACACCCCUUUAGUUUGUCGCAGAUCACUUGGCAUCUCCAAACAUUAGAGCCAAAGUAGCGACAUUAAUAUUUUCUCCUGGUUGUUGAAGUCUGUGACGAUGAGCAGCUUUUGUAGAGAAGUCAUCACUCUUCAGCUGGGACAUUAUUCAAAUUUUGUGGGGACUCAUUGGUGGAAUUUGCAGGAUGCCUCUUUAUCAUAUGAUCACGAGACACCACCAGGUGAGAUCCAGAGUGAUGCUGUGUUUCGUGAAGGACAGACUCCGGGAGGACACAUCACCUACACACCUCGCCUCAUCGCUAUGGAUCUCAAAGGAAGUCUUCGGACACUGCGGCAGGAGGGACAUCUGUAUGAUGCUGGCAAAGACACCUCUGCUGUCACAUGGGAAGGAAACCUCACAAUGCAUAAAGAAAGUCCUCCUGCAAAGAACGCCUUUCUUGAAACUUUGGACAAGUUGGAUAGGGGGGAGAUACUCGCUGAAGCUGAUUUUUCCUCCAGCUCCCAGCCUCAGUGUUCAGCAGGUUCAGUGAGCGUGGAUACAGUGAACAGCCGGCUGGCUCAGAUCCAAAGGGGCUACAGGCUGGAGGGCAUCGUGAGAGUGUGGUCCGACUUCCUCAGGAUCCACCUGCACCCUCGGACCAUCUCCGUCAUCCACCAGUACAACCACGACGGGGAGACUCAUCGUCUGGAGGCUUUCGGCCAGGGAGAGGCUCUCCUGCAGGGCUCGGUGCUCGAGGAGCUGGAGGACAGACUGCACUUCUUUGUAGAGGAGUGCGAUUACCUUCAGGGUUUCCAGGUGUUGUGUGACUUAGCUGAUGGCUUUGCAGGCCUAGGGUCAAAGGUCACAGAGAUGCUACAAGACUCCUACAGUGGGAGAGGUAUCCUGACCUGGGGGUUGGCACCCGUCAGUCACCCAAACUCAACCCCAGUGAAGGACCUCUAUCGCCUCCACAGCUCUUUCUUCUGCCCGCUGACACUGCGUGGUGGACUGGGCAGACGACCCUCCUCUCCUACUGCCUUCCCUUACCUCAAUUAUGAUCCCUCACUGUGGUACCACUCCAGCGCUGUCCUGGCUUUGGCCCUGGACGCCCUCACUGCUCCUUACAGGCUGAGGAACAACAGCGUCCCCAUGUGGCAGGUAGCAGACACCCUGGCCGCAGCAGGGAGAAAGGUGGUGGCUGCUUAUGGUGCCGUCCCAUUGCCCAUGAUGCACGGCAGCUCGCUCCCUGAUGCUCUGAGUGCCUGCGCAGAUGCUCCGCCAUGGAAACCUCUGUCAGCUUGUUCUGAACCAGACGAUGGUCGAUGUUACAGCCAGUGGGCGACACUCAGAGGCUUUGAAGGCCAGAGACUAAUCAGCUGUCUGGCUCCGGGGACUACACCUCCCACUGCUCUGCACAGCCUCCACAGUGGGGAGGAUGUGCUGGCGUCCUACAUCGGAUCCUUUUAUCCUACAGCUCCUCUGGCUCUGCAGCUGGUGUGUACACCCAGUAAGCUGAUACCCCCUUUCCCUCAGAUAUUCAGCCAACACCUUGAUUCUCAAGGCUUCCUGCAGAGCCAACCGCCUCCACCUGGCUCUCCAGUCCCUGUGGUUUCCUCUGUGCCUGUCAUGACUUCCCUCCAGUCUGGGCCUGCACUUGGCCCAUGGCUGUCAGAACUGCAUGGUGGUGCCAGCGGUUCCGAUAUCCGCCGCAUGGCCGCUAGUUUCCUCUCCCAUGGGCCUGAAAUGGCGGACUACCAGGAGGCGCUGGAGCAACUUUGCCUACUAGCCCGGUGUUACAGAGAUGACAGUGGCGGGGUGAUGCGCUCUUCCUCUGAGGAGGAUGAUGAUGACUGAUGUGGACAGUCUUUAGGUCCAAGAUCUGGAUGGACUGUAACUUCGUUGUCCACUUUGUUUACCAGCCUGCAUGUAGUCAUGGGCACCAGAAGAGGAGUUGUGUCUCUAGUUACUGAAGGACCGGGACUCAAUUACAUGGCGACAGUACUCUUACUGAAACACAAUGAAGACAACUGGACUGCAAUACUACUCUAAAAGAAGCACAUGAGUAGUAUUUACUAAGGAGAUGGAUGUAGCUUCAUGCCAAUGUUACAGACUGCUCACAUUUCCUCAACGGUUUCUGUAAUUUAAUGCAUUUUACACAAAAUGUACACUAUAAAAUGACUGUACUGACAAGAAGACAGUGUUGGCGCACCUCUACUGGGCAUUACCUCAGGUGACUGACAACACAGAUUCUGAUGGUUCUCGAUACUUAAGUUCUUACUGGCUAGGUCAUACUGGAAACUGCUUAAAGACAAACUUUGCUGACUUGUCAACAAGGGUUUAAUAAUUAGAAUUGUUAGUAUAUUUUAAUUACAAUCACCUUACCUCCCUUCAUGUUUCCUGUACACAAAUCCCUGUUUAUCCUACCAGUUGACAAAAAUUGACAUUUUACGUCACCUGGCGGAUUCUUGCAGGACAACUUGCAUUUCUUUGUACAGGAAACAUGGAGAGAAGUAAGAUAUACUUAAUUUAGAGAAAGUACCAAUUAUACAAUUAUUAAAAGUCUUGUGGUAAAUGUGCAGUUUGCCUGUAACACAGUCCAAUGUGACCUGGCAAAAAAGUCAAAAUGCAAAUUUGAUGAAGCUAAAGCCAGCGACCACAAAUGCUAUUCUACAAGUGAUAGUUUUGUAAUCAUGAUUUAGAUCCCUAUGCAAUCUCAGUCUCAUGUGACAAUGAUUCUGCCAUGUUUUCAUUAGGACAGAGAUGCCUUAACCAAUAACCUCAACGCAAGUCAUUUCUGCCUCAACUGCUAUUUGGCACUAGGUGUACAGGGCAGGCAGCACAAUGACAAACAUGUUGGAUUAGCUUUUGAAUCAGUCUUCGCUGCCUGUCUACAGCUCGUCAAGCAAUUGUAACACAUUCAUACUAUUGGUUAACAGCCUAGUGAAGAAAAGGGAGGGCUUGGUUUGAUGUAAGGCAUCUUCGUGCUAAUGCAAACAGCAGAAUCAAUAUCAUGUGAGACAGACUGCACAGGGAUCUAAAUCACUCACACAAAACAAAUCAUGCAGCCCUACAACCUUGUCAGUCAAUAUUUUACCCUGUGAUUUGGCCCCACAUACUUUGGCCAGGAAAUUGUUUAAAGUCAUUAAGAAUAAGGCUGAUAAUCUACUUUUGUUACUGUCAAAAGACCAUGAAGUGUUAGUGGAAGUUUUAAGUGCUCUACCCUGUCGCAAAAUUUUUUUUAGUACCUAUAGAUGUUCUUUGGUUUGGUCUUUUGGCAAAAUUAGUUAAUAACAAAAACAAAUAGUCACCAGCCUUAUCCUGUUCCCUAAAGGUGGAGAAGGUGAAAUUUACUGUUAACUAUGCAAAACUGCAGUAAUUUAAUAAAAUUUACUGAAUUAUUAGUUGAUCUAGUCUACGAUUUUUAAACAAACUGGUUCCCAAAACGAGUAUAAAGAAAAGUAACCAACAUACAAUAAUCUGAUCCCAGAAAUCGGUGUAGAUGGACAUGCUGGACUCACUGACUUUGAAUCUGUUAUCAAUUUAAAAAACAAAAUCUCGACAAAUUCAGAAUAGGCAUUAUUGUUUUUAAUCUGAAAUAAAAUGAUACAAAGAUUUCAAAAAGGUGAUGCCAGGCCAUGUUCCCACUCAGUAUAUACUGAGAGUAAGUUUCUACAUUUGAAAAAAAAUAAAAAAAAAA